GCAGUCUGCUCACUUCCCGGUGCAGGCCAGGGACCCACGUCACUCCCUGAGCUAGUGGUUUAAAUAUAGCCCUGACGACGUCCUGCUGAAAUGGAUCUGGUGACGCUUGGCUGCCCUGGAUGAUUGACAGAGUACAAAUACAGACAGAGUCACCCAGGCAGCCACUGCACCACAUGGGCCAGUUCUCCCAGGAGACCCACUUCCACAGGAGGCCUGACACACAGACGCUGAGAGACUCAUCCAAUUCACACUCGGGAAGAAGCGACAGGGCGGACAUGCUGGCUCAUCUGGGGCAUUGUAACAUGGUGUUGUCACAGCCACAGGGGCAUUUAGCAGGCACAUCUCGUCCAGAGGGACUCUACAGAAUGACAGAGGGAGAAAUUACUGUGCUCUCCAUGGGGCCAACGACACAGCAAAACUACAGACAUCUCAUACGGCUCUACUGUAUGAACGGGGGACAUCAUCUGCAGAUCCUACCGGAUGGGACUGUCGCGGGCAGCAGAGAUGAAAAUAAAGAUGACAUCCUGAAGGUUAAAGCAGUGAGUGCUGGUGUGGUGGCCAUCAAGGGCCAUGAGACGGGCCGUUACCUGGCCAUGGACAAAGAUGGUCAUCUCUAUGGAUCGAAAACUCUGAAGGAUGAGUGUUACUUCCUGGAGAAGAUGGAGGAGAACCAUUACAACACAUACAGGUCUCAGAAGUACCAGGCCAAAGACUGGUUCCUGGGGCUCAAGAGGAAUGGGCAGCCUAAAGCUGGCCAAAGGACACACAUUGGCCAGAAGGCCAUAUAUUUUCUGCCUCGGCCUGUUGACAACACCACCAUGUAAAGGCAGAAGACAGGAAAUGUCAACAAUGACCAUGUCACAGCAAUCAAUCACCUCAAUUCACUUUGAACAAUGUGCUCUUAAUCAAUAAGUAAAUGUGACAAAGCAUCAAUAAUCAUUAUGUUAUUAUAUUUUAUGAUCAAUGGGCCAUUUCAUGUAUUCAUACAUCAUGUAUUCCUUUUGUACGAUAAUAGCAUAUGUAUCACACAAAUGGUUUCUUAUUUAUAUCCUAUGUUUCCUCAUAUUUGUUGGAGAAUAUUUAUUAAAAAAUGUUGUAAAAAUAUAUAUUUUAUUUUUCAUAAUAGAACCGGCAUAUUUUCAUUGAAAUACAAUUUCAUAUUAAAUAUUGUAGCAAAUGCUGGAAUUAUAUUAUCAUAGGACUCCUAGCAUGUCCCAUAACAACUAUUACAAAGGUUAUUAGACUGGUAUUACUUUAGUCCUACUGACACGUGGCAUGUUCUUAUUUUUUUUUUACUUUUACCCUUAAGGAAUAGUAUAUUAUAAAGUGGGUGGUUCCAGCCCUGAAUGCUGAUUGGCUGACAGCUGAGGUAUGUCAGACCAUAUACACAGUUAUGACAAACUAUGUAUUUUUACUGUUCUAAUUAAGUUGGUAACCAGUUUAUAAUAGCAAUAAGGCACCUCAGAGGUUUGUGCUAUAUCGCCAAUAUACCACGGCUAAGACCUGUAUGCAGGCACUCCGCUUUGCGUCGUGCAUAAGAAAAACCCUCAGCCGUGAUAUAUUGGCCAUAUAGCACAACCCCUCGUACCUUAUUACUAAAUUUUAUCACACUGUUUUUACUUAUUCUUGUUUGUAUGGUACUGUCAUACUCAUAAAUACUGAGAAGAGAUAUUGACUAUGACCAAAGGGUGGCAGCAUUGAACCUUGCUUAAUUCAUACUGUUCAUUCAUGAAACGUAACGUAGGAGUACAGCUGAAAUAGAUCUGUUGGUUGGUAGAAACCUGUCGAUAUAAGCAUGGCCAUAAUUACAUAUGAGGGCACGAGGU